CGCGGGGGUCAUGGUUCACAGCACCCGCAGAGUCGUCCCUCACCUCUGUAAACGGGUCCAUCGCCCCAGGCCUCGCGCGUGGACUACGAGACGGUGGGUCCGGUGGUUCAAAUUCAGGAAAAGGAAAGAAAGAGAGAAAAGGCCAAGACCUGACCAGAAGUCUGUGGCAAGAAGGAUCAGACAGAAAUUCUCCGCCUCAGAAAAGCUUCACUGGCCUGAGCAUGAACUUGCUAAGAAGUCUGUUCUAAAUGCAGAGAAGGCGUUGAUCAUUGACAGCAAAAGAAGCUUUUCGAGUUUGUCCUCUGGAGUGCUCAAGGACACUUUCACAACUGGAACCAGUAGUUACAAUGUUCUACUACAGAGCAAAGAGGAGAGAAAGCACCAUUCACAAAAGCAAUUUUCCUCUGCCUUCUCCAAAAGACGUAGAAAGCCCAGCAAAUCUCCUAGUUCCUCUCAUAGCAAAGAUCCUCACAGGAUGACAGCCCUGGUGCCUGUGACGAGCAGUGGUACUUGGUUCUGCCUGGACAGGCAGUCUGCUGUUUUUGUCACUAGUUCAGUACCAAGUCCUGUCAAGUUUACCCGUGAUAUCUCUGUUACAGGGAACGGCCUAACACUGCCACCUAAACCGAAAAGCAAGGCCAACCGACACAGCCUCACCUCUCUUCCAAAGUCAAAGCAGCAACCUCAGCUGUGCAGAAGCUUUGAGAAGGGAGACGACCUUUCUGGGAAGAAAUUCUGUAUAUUGACCGCGAUAAAGCCAACCAACCUGGAGAAAGAAAAGCUGAGGUUCUUCAAGUCGGAUUAUACUUACAACCCUCAGUUUGAGUAUGCCAACCCCACUCUGCCAGGUGUGUUAGCCAAAUACAGCAACGCCUCUGACCGAUUUCUUAAGCAGUCCAUCAAUAUCAUGGCGCUGACUUUACAGAAAUACGGAAGUUAUGAGAAAUUUGAACAAGCUACUGGUGGAAGCUUGUUGUCUAAAACUCGAAUCUGGAGUCACGUUAGGAAGUACAUGGUGAAGGAAGGCUGCCUCGGAGAGAUUGUAGUUCAUCUCACUGAAGACCUGCUUUCCAGGGCAUCCAUGACCGUAGUAAAUGGAUGCCCAACUCUAACCAUCAAUAUUUCUACUGCGAGAGAGCAUUGGCUGGAGGGAAUGCUGAGGCAUGAGAUAGGUACUCAUUACUUCCGGGGUAUUAAUAACCUUCAGCAACCAUGGAACAAUUGGAUUGGCCGCAAAAAACAUGAGCUAAAGCCAAACAACCCUACAGAGGAAGGGCUGGCCAGCAUUCAUAGUGUCCUGUUCAGAAAAGACCCCUUCCUGUGGAGGGCUGCCCUCCUCUACUACACAGUCUAUCAAGCCAGCCGGAUGUCCUUUUGUGAACUUUUCAAAGACAUUGGCAAGUUCGUCAAGGACCCUAAUACAAGAUGGGAUUACUGUGUAAGAGCCAAGAGAGGGUGGACUGACACUUCCCAGCCAGGGUGUUUCAGUAAAGACCAGGUGUACUUGGAUGGAAUCCUUCAAAUCCUUCGAUUCAGAGAGUCCAUAGACUUUCAUCUGCUGACUGCCCUGGGCAAGGUAUCUUAUGAAGAUGUGGAUCGCUUGAAAGGAUUGGCAGUUACUGAAAACUUGAGAGUCCCCCACUUCCUACAUGAUCACAGCCGGUACAUGGAGCACUUAGAGAAGAUCAUGGAAGUGAACGAGCUGACCGAUGCAGAGCUGAAAGCCCUCAUCUAAGCAGUGUGCUCCUCCGUGGCUGUUAGCGGCUAGGGUACCUACCUAGCACCUGCAUUAGCCAAGAGUGGUGCUGAGCGCAGUUUCUGAAGACCAGCCCUCAAUAUCCAGCUGAAAUUUUAGGUUAUAUGUAAACCAGAAACUAUUUUCCUAAAAUGUGUCUAUAGACUGCAGGUGGAAGUCGCUCCUCUUCCUCCAUAUCUCUCCAGAGACAAAUGAAGAUCCUGCUGAUGAGGACUCCAGGAUGAGUGGUAAACGUGAGCACUGAGGCCAGCUCUGGGUUGGAGGUGGCCAAAUUCUAAGCUGUGCUGUAUAAACUCCAAGGUUCUAUUUCCUCUGCUAAACAGUGGCGAUUGUUCUUCUUUGAACAUUUUGUAACACGCCAUUUUGUAACACGCCAAAAGGCUAGCGAUACCUACGAGUUCUUAUUUUUCUUAUGUUUGGUAAUGUUAAAAGGAGAAUGAAAAGAAAUUUGAAAACUU